UCAUUCACCAUAAGUAGACAUCAUUCACUGUCAAUAGACAUCAUUCACCAUCAGUGGACAUCAUUCACCGUCAGUAGACAUCAUUCACCAUCAGUAGACAUUAUUCACCAUCAGUAGACAUCAUUCAUCGUCAGUAGACAUCAUUCACCAUCAGUAGACAUUGUUUACCAUCAAUAGACAUCAUUCACCAUCAGUAGACAUUUUUCAACAUCAGUAGACAUCAUUCACCAUCACUAGACAUCAUCGACAAUCACUAGAUGUUAUUCACCAUUAGUAGACAUCAUUCACCGUCAAUAGACAUCAUUCAUCAUCAGUGGACAUCAUUCACCAUCAGUAGACAUCAUUCACCGUCAGUAGACAUCAUCCACAAUCACUAGAUAUUAUUCACUGUCAGUGAACAUUAUUCACCAUCAGUAGACAUCAUUUACCAUCAGUGAACAUCAUUCACCAUCAGUAGACAUCAGUCACCGUCAGUAGACAUCAUUCACUGUCACUUGACAUCACUCACUAUCUGAGACACCAUCGGUAGACAUCGUUUACUGUCAAUAGACAUCAUUCACCAUCAGUAGACAUUUUUCAACAUCAGUAGACAUCAUUCACCAUCACUAGACAUCAUUCACCAUCAGUAGACACCAUCGACAAUCACUAGACGUUAUUCACCAUCAGUAGACAUCAUUCACUGUCAAUAGACAUCAUUCACCGCCAGUAGACACCAUCCACCAUCAGUACACAUCAUUCAGUAUCAGUAGACAUUUAUUCACCAUCAUUAAACAUCAUUUACCAUUAGUAGACAUCAUCCACAAUCACUAGACAUUAUUCACCAUCUGAGUAGACAUCAUUCACUGUCAAUAGAUAUCAUUCACCAUCAGUGGACAUCAUUCACCGUCAGUAGACAUCAUUCACCAUCAGUAGACAUCAUUCACCAUCAGUAGACAUCAUUCACUGUCAAUAGACACCAUUCAUCAUCAGUGGACAUCAUUCACCGUCAGUAGACAUCAUUCACCAUCAGUAGACAUUAUUCACCAUCAUUAGACAUCAUUCACCGUCAGUAGACAUUAUUCACCAUCAGUAGACAUCAUUCACCGUCAGUAGACAUCAUUCACUGUCACUUGACAUCACUCACUAUUAAUUUUGAGACAUCAUCCACAAUCACUAGACAUUAUUCACCAUCAAUGAUAUCAUUUUACCAUCUACAGACAUCAUUCGCCAUCAGUAGACAUCAUUCACCGUCACUAGACAUCAUUCACCAUUACUAGAUAUCAUUCACCAUAGUAGACAUAAUUCACAAUCACUAGACGUUAUUCACCAUCUAAAGACAUCAUUCACCAUCACCAGACAUCAUUCACCAUCAGUAGACAUCAUUCACCAUCAGUAGACAUCAUUCACUAUCAGUAG